GUCACGCUCUUCGCGCCCCUCCUCUCCCCUCCCCCACCCUGCCGGGCCCUCCGCGCGCUCCUUGGGCCCUGCCCCCUCCCGGGCCAGCAGCCCAGUGUGUGGGGGGCCACCUGCUGAGAGGGGUGCACAGGAGGAACAGCCGCAUGGGGAGGAGGUGGUGCCCUGCAGGGAGGUGGGAUGGCAGCUGUGGAGAGCAAUGGUUGGGAGAGGGCAAAGCGCCUGAACUCUGGGCGCAGCAUCUGCACGGGUCUGCCUCCAAGUGCGGAGGGCAUGUGGGUGCAAGAGGAGUCCGUGCCGUGAGGAGAGGGCUUCUGGCCUAGAUCACGCACGGCGUGGCACACGGCAGCGGCUCAGUAAACAUUUGUUGAGUGAUGGAAAUCAUUAUUGAAUGUGGGACGAGAAAGCCAUGAGAAUAAUAUCCAUGGAACCCAAUAAAAUGCCUGCUGUCCACCAUUGCCCCUCAGACUCUGCCACAGGGGGUGAGACCGGAGCCCCCCAGGGCACAGAGCUUAUCCCCAGGAGAGCUAUCAGUCGCUCUCCAACCUGUGCCCGCUGCCGCAACCAUGGUGUCACUGCCCACCUGAAAGGCCACAAGCGCCUCUGCCUCUUUCAGGCUUGCGAGUGUCACAAAUGUGUCCUCAUCUUGGAGCGCCGAAGGGUCAUGGCUGCCCAGGUGGCCUUGCGUAGGCAGCAGGAGGCACAGCUAAAGAGGCACCUGGCUCAAGGACUGAUGGGGAGAGGGGCAGCCCCUCCCAAAGCUCCCAGCCAUGUCAAGAAGGGAGCCACUCGACCAGGGGUCUCCCCUGGAAAGGAGAACAUAGCACCCCAGCCUGAGAGCCCCCAUGGGGCAGUCCCACAGGCACUGACACCUCCUGGGAAGAAUUCCCAGGGACCUCCGCUGCUCAGCCGUCCCCCAGAAGCCUUGCCUUUGCCCUGGACUCCGGUGCGUCUAGGCCCUAGGGCCCCUGGACACUGGCUGCCUCCAGGCCUUUCCAUGCCACCCCCAAUGGUGUGUCGCUUGCUAUGCCAAGAACCUGCAGUCCCUCUGCAUCCCUUCCCUGGCUUUGACCCUGGCACCUCCAUCCGGCUACCCACUCUUGGACCCCUCCCAACCUGCCCAGAAUCUCGCCCAAUACUGAUGGCUCAUCUUUCUGGAGAAUCCCAAGGGCCCUCUGCCCUGCCCCACACAUGCUCAACUCUGAUACUCCAGCCCUGUGGCACCCUAGACCCUCUUCUGCUGCAACCACAGGCCCCCGGAGCCUCUCGCCUGACAUGGACCUCUGCCCCCUCAGAGCGGCAGCUGCAGCGGGAGGCAGCUGAGGCUCUUGUGGGGCUGAAAGAUUCGUCCCAGGCUCCCCGCCUGACCCCUUCUGUCUCCCCCAACCCUGCCUGGAUCUCCCUGCUCCACCCUUGUGGCCCACCAGCUCCUGCUGGAGGAAGAGGAUUCCAGCCUGUUGGCGCCUCUCUCCGACCCAGCCCAGCCCCCUCCGUGGCUCUGCAUAUUGGGCGUCUGGGGUCCAUCUCCCUCCUAAGCUAGAAGCCCAGAGGUAGAGGCCUCGCUGGGGCAGGGGGCAACAGCCUGCAGGCACUGAAUAUUUGGUAUUUUGUUUAUGGAUUUAUGCAUCAAAUUUAAUAUAGUACAUGCUUUAGGCUUUUUUUAAGCUUUCAGGUGCUUAGGUAGGUGUUAGCUUUUGGUUCCUUUUGUAGCAUGGGCAUUUCCUUGGCCAAAGGUGGAUAUUCUCUUACCCCACCUUGCACCCUGGGACCUUUUUAAAUCCCUAGCAAAGAGAAAGUUGUGCAGUUUAAGCUAACCAAUAUCUAAAUAGGUUUUUGCAUGAAUUCAUAUUCCCGGUAUUUAUUUGGCAUGUGAUUCUGUACAUACCUGUGCACUCAUGUCUGUCUCUAUGCAGGCGAAAACAGGAGAACAUUUUCAUUUUGUGUCUAGGUUUAUGUGAGUAAGCAAGAAAUAAACCUUUGUUGUUUUAAGCC